AUGAAAGAUGUGCCACAAACCUAUGACGGUAUUUCUAAGAAGUUUCUAAGUACUAUCUCCCAAAUGAAAUCUGUUCGAAUUGAUAUUGUCUUCGACCAAUAUUUUCCGCCUUCUAUCAAAUAUUUUGAACGUUUACGGCGAGAAGAAGCAACCAUCCCUGUCUCAAUCGGUCCUAACCAAGUUCAGCCCCAACAUUCCGCAGCUGAACUUAAAAAUAUGCAAUUUAAAGAAGCUUUGGUUAACUUUUUUAUUGGUCACUGGGGUAGUGAAGACAUGUUGCCUUUCAUUGGUAAUAAAAACAUUUACGUAAGUUUCAAUAAAUGUUAUUCAUACAAAGUGAUAAAUAACAAAGUAAUUAAAACUAUUGAAGAAUCAUUAUCGUGUGAAGAACACGAAGACGCUGAUUCUAGGAUUAUUUUUCAUAUUUGCCAAAUCGAUUUUGACGCAGAAGUUGUUAUACGCUGUUCUGAUUCUGAUAUUUUAAUUAUACUUCUAGGAAAUAUGGAUCACCUGAGAGCAUCUUUGAAAAUUUGGAUAAAUAUGGGUGUUGGAAAUCAUCAGCGUUACAUAAACAUCAAUGAAUUCUACCGAAUUCUUGGUGACUCUUUAUGUAAAUCUUUACCAUGCUUCCACGCAAUCACCGGAUGUGAUUACACGCCAGCUUUUUUUAGAAAAGGCAAAGUUAAGCCUUUUAAAAUAUUAGAAAAUUCUGAAGAAUACCAGUUAGCUUUUGAUAAUAUAAUUUCGGAUGACGAAGAAGUACUGGAAAUUACGUUUGUAACCCUGGAGAAAUUUAUUUAUCAAAUGUAUGGAGUUAAAAAUUGUUCGACUGUUAAUGAUGUUCGAUUUCAUUUAUUUUCAAAUACGUUUAAGUCUAAAAAAUCAGAUGAGAACUUUGACAAAAAAUUUCGAAACUUUGACUCAUCCAGUUUGCCACCCUGUAAAGCGGAAUUACAACAGCAUUUAUUGAAAGUUCGUUACGAGACAAAAAUUUGGAGAAAUGCUCACUCAAAACAUCCAACAUCUUUAUCUCCAAUGGCUUUUGGUUGGACCAUUAACGGUGACAAAUAUGAUUUUGUCUGGUUUUUGGGAGAUAAAUUACCAUCCUCAGUUGCAGAUAUUAUUGUUCAAAAUGAUAGAGUUUUAGAAGAUAACGAAAGUUCCCAAGAAGAUGAUAUGAAUGACACUGUCAAAGACAGCGACGAUAAUGAUGAUGAUUAUGAAGAUGCCUCUUUUUUUGUGACGUCACUAUAGGCUAAAACAACUUGAAAAACUUAAUAUUAAUUAUUUAUAAUUUACAUUUAGU